CGGCCAUCAUUAUUUCCGUGAGUUUCUUGGCCAUACACACAUUAAUGUAUUUUCAGAGGUUAUCUCAAUGUUUUGAUUGAGUAUAAUUUGUUAUUAUUUGUUUUUUCUUAUUUUUCUGUUUUUUAUCUUAGUUAUAUGACUUGUGUACAAACGUAUCUUAUAAUAAAAAUUAUUCAUUGUAGUUUGAAGUUGAUAAACAGCAGGAAAUAUGUUGUAGAGUUUGAUUUCGAAAUUUCGGAUAAAUGUUAAGUGUUUAUAAACUCAAUUUGUAAAGGAUGAAUAAUGUGAUCAUGGUUUAUAAAAGCAACAAAAAGUACACGCCAAGUAAAAUGGGAGAACCUUCUGAUUAUCAGUAUAGUAAUUUAGAUGAAUUGCUUAUUGCUUUGGUAAGAGAAAGACCAGCUUUGUAUGACAUUAGGGUUCCUGAAAGAGAAAGAACGAAAUCUGCAAAGCAAAAUUUAUGGUAUGAAAUCAGUCAGCAGAUGGAAGGUUGCUUAAAACCCGAUGCUGCAGAACUGCGAUGGAAAUACUUGAGAGAAAACUUUCUAAAAGCUCGUAAUAAACAAAGAUUAAAGGAAGAGCUAGCAGAACAAAAUGGUUUACCAGUUCCAACUGCUAGGAAUGGAAAAUAUUCUUUUCGAUACUAUGCAAUAAUGGAAUUUCUUUCUGAACCUGUAGAUUACCAAAAAUCACUAUCAUUGAACAAUGCAAUCAAAUGCAAAACUAAACUAUCUUCCCAAAUAUUUCAUAACAACCAAAGAAGUUCAACUAAUUCACUAGCUAAGAUGGUCCCAAAAACAAAUAGUAUGAAUUCAACUGGAACCAUGGUAGAACAUUUUGAUGAAUUAGAUAGUGAAAUGCAACAAAAUUCUCUUGGUUCACCUUUUUCGCAAGAAACUUCUGAGUAUGAAGACUCAACAAACAAAAGUAGUGAUAUGAGUAGUUAUGAUCAAAUAUUUUUAGAAUGUCUUCAAAAACCUAUAGAAAAGCCAUCUCCAAUUGAUGGUUUUUUAAUAAGAUUAGGAGAGGGACUAAAAAGGUUACCAUAUAAAGAGCGAUCGAAGCUUGAACUGGAAUUUUUAAUCAGGCUACGGGAAGUUGAAGAACAAUUGGAGACAUAUGAAUGAGGAGUGUUUGAUAUCAAAUAUGGAUCACAAGAACUGAUAUUAUUUUAUUUUGAUUUUAUGUUUUUAUUAUAUUUAACACAAUAUAGAAUAAGAAAAAUCAUUUUCAAGACUUUAAUGUUAACUGUCAACUGACAUAACAGAUUGUAAUUAUAUAUAUAUAUAUAUAUAUAAAUAUAUAUAUAUGGAUUUAAGUUAAUGUUCUCUAUAUUUAAUUUGUAGAAUAUAAACUAUUUAAUUCAAUUCCGUGUUAAACUACUGAAUAAAAAAGUUUUUUAUAAUACCAA